UUUAUGCCAAUAUAUCAUCCACACCACUCAUAUAUCCUCGCUCUAAACUAGUUGUUAUCUAGCAGUACCUGAAAUUUCAAUUUCUCUGUUGUUGUUGCUUUUUUCUGACACAGAACAAAAGAAAAUUUGGGGAGAGACAAAAGGACAUGGUCAUGGUCUAGCAUUGAUCGAGUUGCAUUUGCAACAAGGGAAUAUAUAUUAUUAAAAGCACCCAAUUAAGAAAGCAGCAUAUAUGUCACAAAAAGAAAACAAGGUGGAGGGGGAGGGGUCCGAGGCUUUAAAGGCCUUGUUCUCAGUCAUCGGAAUGACAUGCUCGGCGUGUGCCGGUUCGGUCGAGAAGGCCAUCAACCGGCUCCCUGGGAUACGUGAGGCCGUCGUUGAUGUCCUCAAUAAUAGGGCACUAGUCCUCUACUACCCCAGUUUGGUCAAUGAGGAAACAAUAUGUGAGACAAUAGAAAAUGUGGGAUUUCAAGCCGCAGUGAUCAAAGAUGAAACAAAUGAGAGAUCCACACAAGUAUGCAAAAUUCACAUAAAUGGAAUGACUUGCACUUCUUGCUCCUCCACUAUAGAAUCAGCUCUGCAAGCAAUUUUCGGUGUACAAAAGGCUCAAGUGGCCUUAGCAACUGAAGAAGCAGAAGUUCAUCACAAUCCAAAGUUCGUUAGCUACAAUACACUAUUGCAAGUCAUAGAGGACACUGGAUUUGAAGCCAUAAUUAUUAGUACUGGGGAAGACAUAAGUAAGAUAGAGCUUAAAGUUGAUGGUAUAGACACUGAUCACACCUUGAAAAUGAUUGAAAAGUCUCUCCAAGUGAUUCCAGGGGUUCAAGAGAUAGUCAUAUACCCUGAAUGCAACAAAGUUUCCAUUUCUUAUGAACCGGAUAUGGCAGGACCAAGAACUUUCAUCAGCAUCAUUGAGUCAACUGGGAGUGGACAUUUUAAAGCAACAAUAUAUCCUAGAGAAGGAAGAGAAGCUCGUAGAAAGGCAGAAAUUAAGCAAUAUUAUAGACUCUUUUCAUGGAGUUUGGUUUUUACGAUUCCCGUGUUUUUAACAUCCAUGGUUUUCAUGUAUAUACCUGGAAUUAGGAUUCUAUUAGAUAAAAAACUAUACAAUAUGAUGACUGCUGGUAUGCUCUUGAGGUGGGAGCUAUCUACUCCAGUGCAAUUCAUCAUAGGCAGGAGAUUCUACAUAGGGUCCUAUAAAGCUUUGGGCCAUGGUUCUGCUAAUAUGGAUGUUCUUAUUGCCUUGGGAACAAACUCAGCCUACUUCUAUUCUGUCUACUCACUCUUUAGGGCUGCUUACUCUAGAGAUUUCAAGGGUACAGAUUUCUUUGAGACUAGCUCAAUGCUUAUUUCAUUUAUUCUAUUAGGAAAGUAUUUAGAAGUUUUGGCAAAGGGGAAGACAUCAGAGGCCAUUGCCAAGCUUAUGGACUUGGUACCCGAAACAGCUAUAUUGUUAACUCUGGACCAUGAAGGAAAUGUGCUAAGUGAACAAGAAAUUGAUAGCCGGUUAGUACAAAAGAGUGAUGUGAUUAAAAUUAUCCCCGGCGCCAAAGUUGCUGCAGACGGUUAUGUUCUGUGGGGGGAAAGCCAUGUAAAUGAGAGCAUGAUAACAGGAGAAGCAAAAGCAGUGGCAAAAAGGAACGGAGACAAAGUGAUUGGAGGAACUGUGAAUGAGAAUGGGGUGUUGCACAUCAAAGCAACUCAAGUAGGUUCUGAGAGUUCCCUUUCACAGAUUGUUCGUCUUGUUGAGUCAGCACAGAUGGCUAAAGCUCCAGUCCAGAAGUUUGCUGACCACAUUUCCAAAUAUUUUGUGCCUCUAGUCAUUAUGCUUUCAUUUUCAACUUGGUUUGCCUGGUUUUUGGCUGGAAGUUUCCACAGCUACCCAAAAUAUUGGAUACCAUCUUCCAUGAGUAGCUUUGAGCUUGCACUGCAGUUUGGGAUCUCUGUCAUGGUCAUAGCAUGCCCUUGUGCUCUAGGCCUAGCAACCCCAACUGCUGUUAUGGUUGGUACUGGAGUUGGUGCAUCUCAAGGGGUACUAAUUAAAGGUGGUCAAGCUUUAGAAAGUACACAUAAGGUGAACUGCAUUAUGUUUGACAAGACUGGGACUCUUACAGUUGGGAAACCAGUUGUAGUUAACACACAAAUUUUGAAUAAUAUGGAACUUCGAGAAUUCUAUAAGCUCAUUGCUGCAACUGAGGUAAAUAGUGAGCAUCCACUAGCCAAGGCCAUUGUGGAAUAUGCCAAGAAAUUAACAGAAGAUAAAGAGAAACCUGUAUGGCCAGAAGCACAAGACUUUGUCUCCAUUACCGGCAAUGGAGUGAAAGCUAUUGUUGAGAACAAGAAAAUAAUUGUGGGCAACAAGAGCUUGAUGUUGGACCAGAACAUUGCCAUUCCAGUGGGUGCUGAAGAUAUGCUUGCACAAGCUGAAGGCAUGGCUCAAACUGGGAUUCUAGUAUGUAUAGAUAAGGAAGUCGCCGGAGUCGUGGCCAUAUCUGACCCACUUAAACCAGGUGCUAAAGAUGUCAUUUCCAUUCUAAAGUCCAUGAAAAUUAGAAGCAUAGUGGUGACAGGUGAUAAUUGGGGAACUGCCAAUGCCAUUGCCAAGGAAGUUGGAAUUGAAACUGUUAUUGCAGAAGCCAAACCAGAGGAUAAAGCAAAGAUAGUGAAGGAUUUUCAGGCUUCAGGCUACACUACGGCAAUGGUAGGAGAUGGCAUCAAUGACUCACCAGCACUUGCUGCCGCAGAUGUUGGAAUGGCCAUUGGUGCUGGCACAGAUAUUGCUAUUGAGGCAGCUGAUAUUGUUCUCAUGAAAAAUAACUUAGAGGAUGUGAUAACUGCUAUUGAUCUUUCCAGGAAGACCUUUUCACGUAUACGUCUAAACUACAUUUGGGCUUUGGGAUAUAAUCUGAUUGGCAUUCCAAUUGCUGCUGGGACCCUUUUCCCAUUAACUGGAUUUCGUUUACCACCAUGGAUUGCUGGAGCUGCAAUGGCAGGCUCUUCUGUCAGUGUGGUUUGCAGCUCUCUCUUAUUAAAGAAUUACAAGAGAUCACAAAAGCUGGAUAACCUGGACUUACACGAAAUACAAAUUGAAUAAUCGACAGUGAUGGUUUUGAUCCAUAUUUGUCCUCAUGCAUAUAGGAGUUAAGGUCCGUGGCAUAAAUUUAGGCAGUGUUGAUUAGUGAAAAUUUGUAAAUAGAAUAAGGUUAAAAUAUCGUUUUAGUUUUUAUAUGUUGAGUCACAAUCAAUUUCGUCUCUACAUUUUAAUAGUAAUCAAUUUAGUCUCUA